AUGGCUACUUCACCGUAUUUAAUAUAUUCAGACAAAUCACAGCUUAAAGAUGAUUCAGUAGAUCAAUACAUAGGUGAUCAUUCCUUGCGUUUGACACCAGAACAAAAGGAAUUAAUUGAAUAUACCCAAACACUUCCGGGCAAAGUUCCACUUAUGCUGGGUAAUAUUAAUGCAGCACAAUUUUUCCAAGUACUAUUGAGAUUAAUGAAUUGUAAACGAUGUAUUGAAGUUGGUUGUUUGACUGGUUACACAACUCUGACAAUUGCUUUAGCAUUACCCGAUGAUGGUCAAAUCGUGACAUUAGAUGUUGAUGACCAAUAUAUAAGAAAGGAUUUAUGGAAACGUGCUGGUGUUGAUA